AUGUCCCAAGCAAGGUCCAAACAAAAACUCCCGGACAAGGGAGAAAAAAGCUCGUUCUUCGGAACCAGGCCGCAACAGCCUAAACAGGCCGCUUCGCACGAGAGUGACCAAGAUGGCGACGGUGAUGAUACGAUGCCACUCCACGCCGACCCGGUAGGGAACUUACCAGUCACACAAGAGAUACUGCAGAAGUGCCUGGACGCGAUGUCCAACAAACUCCUAGACAACCUAAACAAAUCAAUAGCAGAGAUAAAGAAAGACCUGCGCGACUUAGGGGAGCGCACGGCUAGGGCGGAAAACAAAAUGGACGAAUUUGCGGAGGCCCACAACGAUAUGGCAGACCAUGUCCAAAGGUUAGAACACCAACAACACCAACUCCAAGUGAAAAUAAUGGACAUUGAAGACCGCUCGAGAAGGCAAACCAUACGACUAAGGGGGAUCCCUGAAGAAGUAAAGCACCCAGAUUUGGCGGAAUACUUAACAAGCCUCUUCCAAGCCCUGUCACCAGACUUACCUAUAGACAUGCUGCUUAUCGAUAGGGCUCACAGGGUGGCAAAACCUAAAUUCCUACCGGCCGAAGCACCAAGGGAUGUCCUAGCAAAAUUACAUUACUUUCGUAUUAAGGAAGGAAUCAUGCAAGCUUCCAGAAAACGCAGAGAUAUGCCUGAAAAAUACAAGUCCAUACAACUCUACUCUGACUCUGCAAAAGCGCAGGGAAUACAAAGACAUCACAGAGACACUCAGAGCAAGACAGGUGCCAUACCGGUGGGGUCACCUGGUUCACCUCCUGAACCAGAGAAACGGAACGGUAACCACCAUCCUGUCCCCAGGCGAAGGCAGAAAAACCCUCAGGACCUGGGGGAUAGCACUGCAGCAACAGCCGGAAAAAACACAAGCUACAAAGAGGCUGUCGCCUGAGUGGAAGAAGCAACGCAAGUGA